GGUUACCAGCCGGCAAGAUCUAUAACCUGUCUUGUGAUGUAGUUAAGUCAGAGGUUAAUCUACACUAUCGGGACAUUUUUCAAAAUAGUUUUUUUACGCUUAUGAAUAGUUAAUGAAUUAUGUGUUCACAAAUGUUAGUGUUAUUUUUUCUUACUUUUAUUACUUUGGUCUCUUCUGGCCCGGAAGAAAAUGAAGGGGUUAAAUAUGCAAAUAAAUGUGAAGUUUGUAAAAUCUUGGCUACUGAAUUAGAAAAUCGACUUGAAGAAACUGGAAGAACCAAUGAAAUUCUUGAGAUAGGAUAUUCGAUUGAUGAUGUUAAGCCGAAAAAAAAAGCUCAUUACAGAAAAUCAGAACUGAGAUUACUUGAAUCACUUGAUGGGAUAUGCAAUAAAAUUCUGGAGUAUAAUAUUCACAAAGAAAGAACUGAUAGUACACGCUUUGCAAAAGGAAUGAGUCAAACUUUCAAAACCCUUCAUGGACUUGUUGAUAAAGGUGUUAAAGUUGAACUAGGUAUUCCUCAUGAGCUUUGGGAUAAACCCUCUGUGGAAAUAACUGAUUUAAAAAGUCAGUGUGAGAAAGUUUUAGAGGAGUAUGAAGAAGAUAUCGAAAAUUGGUAUUUUCAUCAUCAAGGAAUGGUAUCAUUAAAGCAAUAUUUAUGUGCAGAAAAAUUUCUGAAAGGUUCUCAUUAUGAAUGUUUAAAAGAAGAGCUUCAAGAAAAUAUAAAAGGUGAAACUAAUAUACUUCAGAAGGCUAAGAAAGAUGAAUUAUAAUUACAUUUGAAAUUAAGUUAUUGAGAUUGUAAUUCUUUCAAAAUAAAUGUUUUUAUCUAAACAAAAGAGGAAUGUGCUUGAUCAAGCAGGUUUUUGAGGCAGCAAGGAAUGAGGACUUGGAAGAGUCCACAAUUGAGAGUAUAGAGAAGAUACAUGUAAAAGGUUCCUGUUUAGCGAACAUUCAUAGGAGGAAGUUUAAUUUAUCAUAGUAGAAAUAUGUGCAGUGGAACAUUUACUAUCAGGAGAAUGACGUACGAACACUAGGUGCUACCACCAAUCAGUUUGGAGGGGUUACAAAAACUAAAUAAGCUGUUUCGUCAAAUGGAUAAACCCAAGCCCAACCCAUACAAUUAAGACAUUUUUAAAAAUGAGUUUUAUAUGUGUAUAUAUAAUUAAUAUUUAAAUUUAAGUGUAAUAUAAUUACAGUAUAAAAUUGUUUUAUUUAGAAUGAGUGGUAAGUUGUCCGAACUCUAUCUAAUUAAUAUUUUUAUUGUUUUAAAGUAUCUUUUGUACAUAGUAUACAUAAAUAUAGUAUUGUUAUGAUAAUCUUUGUUUAUUCCCAUUAUAAUAAACAUAAUCUUACAAUAUAUUG